AAGUUCCUGGAAAUGUGUAGAAAGUGUAUCAUAAACUGGAUCUAACAUGUAGAUUUUUUUUCCUUUAUGAAAAAUCAACCAAUGUGAACCACAAUCGUGUUACCUGGAAGACAUACACUUACAAAGAAGCCCCGAAGUAUUGAACCCACUUUAUACUGAAUUUGAAAUUGCAUGUCUAUAUGUUACUAGUUUUACAAGAUGACUGAUCAAUCAGUUCUAUGUCUUCUUUCAUUCUUAGUUUCCCCUAGAGUGUCCCAGCAUAAGUUACAGGGUUUCUAGUAGGGAGGCAGUAUAUCUGGGUUGUUUACUCGUGUAUUUUUCAGAAUCUGACACAUUAAUAACAAGAAUUCCUUUUGCUUAGUGAAGGACUGAACAAUCAAAAUAACAUUAAUUUCGUGAUUGAAUAUAUUUUCUAACUUCUGACAACUGAAAUAGACUACAUAAAAAGAAUGGAACCAUGUAGCGAUUUGUUGAGAAGCAAAAACAACGCAUGGUGGCGCUGCAGGCUAAGGUUUAAAAAAGAAUGACCGCGGAAGAGGGGGAAAUGCUUCUUCAGGUCUCUCUCUGGCUAAAAAAAGACCUUAGACAGAGCUCAAACCAUUAAGUCUCCAGAGAAUGCUGCCGACCUACACUUCGGAACAGACUAUAAACUGACAGAUCGACUGCUGUCUGGGCGCCCUUGCACCCUGGGUGCCGAAGCAAAGAUGAAGAUGGGAAAGGAGCACAAACAAAGGCAAGUUCUGUUGAUCUUUCUCUUAUUGGGAGUGGUUGGGGCAGGCUGGGAGCCCCGCCAUUACUUUGUUUUGGAGGAAACACCCAGGGGCACGUUUUUAGCUGAUCUACUCAAGGACCUAGGGCUGGGAGUUGCGGAGCUGGCUGCUAGAGGAGCCCAGGUGGUCUCAGAGGAUAACGAGUCCCGCUUACAGCUUGAUCUACAGACUGGGAAGCUAAUAUUAAAUGAAAAUUUGGACCGGGAGGAACUGUGCGGCCCCACUGAGCCCUGUGUCACACAUUUCCAAGUGUUACUGAAAAAACCACUGGAAAUAUUUCGAGCUGCGCUACAAGUGGGAGACAUAAAUGAUCAUUCUCCCAAGUUUCCUGAGAGAGAAAUGACGGUGAAAAUCGUGGAGGCUAGCUCUGUUGGUUCUGUGUUUCUACUUAAAAGCGCUCAGGAUUUGGAUGUGGGCAACAACAGCAUUCAGAACUAUAGCCUCAGUACCAAUUCCCAUUUCCAUGUUUCCACCCGAGACCUAGGUGAUGGGAGGAAAUACCCAGAGCUGGUGCUGGACAAAGAGCUUGACCGCGAGGAGCAGGCAGAGUUCAGAUUAACUCUGACUGCGCUGGAUGGAGGGUCUCCGCCCAGGACUGGCACCUCACAAAUCCGGAUUAUUGUCUUGGAUGUCAAUGACAAUGCUCCUAAGUUUGCACAGGCGCUCUAUCAGGUGCAGAUCCUAGAGAGCAGCCCCGUGGGUUCCCUGGUUGCUAAGGUCUCAGCCAAGGAUUUAGAUACUGGGACAAACGGAGAAGUAUCGUAUUCGUUUUUUCAUCGUUCUCAGGAGAUGAGUAAAACUUUUGAGCUAGACGCCCUGUCAGGAGAAGUGCGACUAAUUAAAACACUGGACUUCGAGACAGCAUCUUCAUAUGAAAUAGACAUAGAGGCAUCUGAUGGCGGAGGGCUUUCUGGGAAAUGUUCUGUUUCUAUUCAGGUGAUGGAUGUCAAUGAUAAUUACCCAGAACUAACUGUUUCGUCGCUCACCAGCCCCAUCCCAGAAAACUCACCAGAGACAGAAGUGGCUCUAUUUCGAAUUCGGGACCGAGACUCUGGGGAAAAUGGAAAGACAAUUUGUUCCAUCCAAGAUGGUAUUCCUUUUGUACUGGAACCUUCUGUUGAAAACUUCUAUAGACUGAUGACAGAGAGCGGGUUAGACAGAGAGAGCAGAGCUGAGUACAACAUCACCAUCACAGUCACCGACCUGGGCACACCCAGGCUCUCAACCCAGCACACCAUAACAGUGCAGGUCUCUGACGUCAACGACAACGCCCCCGCCUUCACUCAAAGCUCCUACACACUGUUUGUCCAAGAGAACAACAGCCCCGCCCUGCACAUAGGCACCAUCAGCGCCACAGACUCAGACUCAGGCUCCAAUGCCCACAUCACCUACUCAAUGCUGCCCACCCACGACCCGCAGCUGCCCCUCUCCUCGCUCAUCUCCAUCAAUGCCGAUAACGGACAGGUGUUCGCCCUCAGGGCGCUGGACUACGAGUCCCUGCAGAGCUUCGAGUUCCGCGUGGGUGCCAAAGACCAAGGCUCGCCCGCGCUCAGCAGCCAAGCGCUGGUGCGCGUGCAGGUGCUGGACGCCAACGACAAUGCGCCCUUCGUGCUCUACCCGCUGCAGAACGCCUCUGCGCCCUUCACAGAGCUGCUGCCCAGGGCGGCGGAACCUGGCUACCUGGUCACGAAGGUCGUGGCGGUGGACAGAGACUCUGGACAGAACGCCUGGCUGUCGUUCCAGCUGCUGAAGGCCACGGAGCCAGGGCUGUUCAACGUGUGGGCUCACAAUGGCGAGGUGCGCACCUCCAGGCUGCUGAGUGAGCGCGAUGCACCCAAGCACAGGCUGCUGCUGCUGGUCAAGGACAAUGGCGAUCCUCAGCGCUCUGCCAGUGUCAAUCUGCAUGUGCUGCUGGUGGAUGGCUUCUCUCAACCCUACCUGCCUCUGCCUGAGGAGGCUCGCGACGUCACAGGCUACAAUGAAGACCUGCUCACGCUGUACCUGGUCAUUGCCUUGGCAUCUGUGUCUUCGCUCUUCCUCUUGUCUGUGUUGCUGUUCGUGGGGGUGAGGCUGUGCAGGAGGGCCAGGGCGACCUCUCUGGGUGGCUGCUCUAUGCCUGAAGGACACUUUCCUGGCCACCUGGUAGAUGUCAGCGGUGCGGGGACCCUGUCCCAGAGCUACCAGUAUGAGGUUUGUCUGACCGGAGACUCUCAUAGUAAUGAGUUCAGAUUCAUGAAGCCGGUGUUUACCAAUAUUCUAGACCAAAACUCUGAUGGGCAAUUAGGAGAUAAUCCACCCUUCCCGAGUAUUUUAGGCAUGUGAAACUUCACGUUUCACUCGCUGUGUAACUAAUUCUCUUUUGAUUUUGCAUUUUCUUUUCAAAUUUGGUAGCAAUGUUUAAUUGUGUUUGUGUUUUCAUUUCUCUGCUAGUUUAACUAAUGUUACCAUUUGUUUUCUAGCGUUCACUGUGUAAGUAUUUUUCCAGUUCUGUUGUUACUGAGCAUUUUCUAUCAGGGCACUUCAUGUUCCUGAUUGAAUUUGCCAUACUCUCUCCCAAAGGAUGUGAAUCUCUUCUAAUGAACACAAGUCUAAUUUUAAAAGUACAUUUCCUGGCCUAAGAGAACAGAUUAGUUUGGAGAGUGCUUGUGCAGUUUGUUGGAGGCCCUAGGUUGGAUCACCCUGUAAUUCCAGCCUUUGGAGGUACAGCAGGCUAUCAGGAAUUCAAGGUCAUUUACUACAUAGAGAAUUCAAGCUCAGCCAGGGCUGUAUGAUGAACAUGGCAUAUUAAGUCUCAAAAAAUAAAAAAAUACAUUCCUGAGUGUGUGACACCACAGAAGAAAAUAUGAUUUCUUUUAAAUCAUACUUCAUUUUAAAAUUGGAAGCCCAUAGGUUUUCGUGUUUGUUUUUUGUGUUGCCAAGAGUUCAGAGCCUCCUUUGUGUUAUCUUUGGAAGGAGUUCAUAUUCAUUAAUACCAAGUUUCUUCCAGAUCCCGUUUAUGUUUUCUUUUUUCCAACAGGAAGUAACAUGGUAAUUUCAAGUUUUUUAAUGUUCACUGUAAAUAUCAUUUCAUGAAAAAUGUAUCCAUGCCUCUUCUUUCUUGUCUAAAUUAAUACAGAAAAGAAUAAAAGCCUCCCUGUUAUCUUUAGUUGAUGGGAGCCCUUGGCAUGCUGCUCCCAGAUGGUCUGUGGUGAGAAAGUUUCUGUAAAAUCGAUAGAUUCCAGAAACAGUGAUGUAUUUCUUGCUGUUAUCACUUAUAGUGAGGAUAUCUUGAUGUAAACCCCAAAUUCUGGGCUCAGGUUACCUCCUGGUGGUAUAACAUUGCCAAUAUCUACUUGAUUUGGAUGAUGACAAUGUUGGAAUAAAUCUUCUGGCCUACCAUGUCACCUGGAUGACAAUGUUGGAAUAAUAAAUCUUCUGGCCUGCCCUGUCACCUGGGUACCCUGUCCCUUUAAGAGACAAGCCCCGCCCACUCCCAAUCUCUUCCUUCCUACAGCUAAGGCAAGGCGAUCUCAAAUCUUCUCUCCCUCCCCUCUUCUCUGUUCCUUCUUCUGAAAAGACAGAUUUUGCCUCUCCUUCCUCCCUCCUUUCUUCUCUUUCUCUGUCCCCCCUUUCUUUUUCCUCCCUGCUUAACUCCUUAUCCUUAUACCCCUCCCAACACCUACUAAAUAAACUCUAUAUCCAAGCUCUCUCUGAAUGUUGUAUCUGUCUGUCUCCCACCUGCCUCAGUCUGACACCUACCAGGAGACCUGCCAGGGUUGUGCAGCCAUGAAUCAUAACAGACAUUGCUCUGACUGAUAAGGAAUUUGAAACAAAAUGUAUUAUAGAAUUAACAUUAUUUUGUCAAACAAUUUUUAGUAAUGGAUAUGUUGAUGGCUUGUUGAAUGAUUUGGAGAAAUAGUUUAAAAAAUGAUGACCUCAAAGCUGUUCAGUACUGAUUCCUAGAACCUAUGAAUAUUACUUUACAUUGUAAAGAGAAAAUACAAAUGAAAUUAAGGUUUCAAUAAACUAAACUUAAAAUAGGGAGUGUAUCCUAAAUCAUUUGGGUGGGUCUGAUAGGGCCAGUGAAAGGUUUGUAAAAGCAAAGGUGAGUCUACUUUGAGAUGAAGAAUAGCCAGGCAUUGUGGUACAUGCCUUUAACCCCAGCACUUGGGAGGCAGAGUUAGGAAGAGUUCAAGGCCAGCCUUGACUAGUGCGUACCAGGAUAGCCAGAGUUACAUAGUGAGACCCUGUUUUGAAAACAUACAUGCACACCGAGAGGGAGGGGACAGAAGAAGAAGUUUUCUAAGGACUGAAGAUGUGGUUUCACUAUUUCAUCCUGCUAUAUUCUGCCUGCCAUACAGAGUUUGAAUUUCCUAGCAAAUUCCCACAAUAGAAUAAGUCACUUACUUGUGAUAUGUUUUCUGAAGUCUCUAUUUCUCUGGUUGAAACCUGACUGAUACAAAUUUUGGUACCUGGACUGAGAUGAAGUUGAUAGAAUGACUUAAAAUAUGGAAGUGGGGCCAGUAGUGGUGGCACACACCUUUUAAUCCCAGCACUUGUGAGCCAGAGACAGCAAGAUCUCUAGGUAGCCUGUAGCCUGGUCUACGUGGUGAGUUCCAGGACAGUUAUUGCAACACAGAGAAACCCUGCCUCAAAAAUAAACCAUAUGUGUUUAUGGAAGUGAAUUUUAAACUGGACUGUGGUCAGAGGACAGAUGAAAUUGCAGAUACAGAAUAGAAAAAGUUCAGAUUGUGUUGUACAGACUUGGUAGAAAUGUGAUAGUAACAAGUAUGUUAAUGAAGGUGCAAAAGGAAUUGAGGAGCUUGGUGCUUAUAGAACAUGUUGGCACAUAGAACUUAUAAAUCAUUUAAAGGAAACUAUGAAGAGAAAUAUAGACAUUAAAGUUACUAUUAGGAAGAGCCCAGGCAGGGAGAACAUUUUUUUUAUUAAAAAUUUUCCACCUCCUCCCAAUACCCUCCCACUU